GAGCAGGAGGGUCGCCCUGGAGCAGGUGGGUCACCCUGGAGCAGGAGGGUCGCUAUGGGGCAGGAGGGUCGCCCUGGAGCAGGUGGGUCACCCUUGAGCAGGAGGGUCGCCCUGGAGCAGGUGGGUCACCCUGGAGCAGGAGGGUCGCUAUGGGGCAGGAGGGUCGCCCGGGGGCCGCUCUUCUGCAAACCAACUCCUCAUGAACCAGAAACUGAAAGCAGAAAAUUCUCAGUUUCACUUUCUCUUUAUCCAAACGAGGAGAUUCUGGGCUCAACCGAAAGCCACAGAAACCAGAGACAGAGAUGGAAGAAUCCCGGGCUCAGCCAAUGAGACUGAAGGAGUGGCUUUUGGAGCAGAUUGACAGUGGGCGGUACCCGGGUUUGCGGUGGGAAAACCCGGAGAAGACAGUAUUCCGGAUCCCAUGGAAACACGCGGCCAAGCAGGAUUACAGGCAGCAGGCGGAUGCGGCUCUGUUCAAGGCCUGGGCAAUGUACAAGGGUAAGUUUCGGGAAGGGUCGGGAAGGGCUGAUCCUUCAGUCUGGAAAACACGGCUCCGGUGCGCGUUGAACAAGAGCCCAGACUUCCAGGAGGUGAUGGAGAACAGUCAGUUGGACCUGACGGAACCCUACAAGCUCUACAGGAUAUUGACCCCAAGCGAGGAGAGGAGCGGUAAGUGCCCCCACCUACAGGCAGUCCUACAAGUUGCCCGAGGGUUGACUCUUUCUACUUCUGCCUUCAUUCCAGGGGAAGGGGAUCAGGAGGCGUCUCCGAGUCCCACUAAAGACCAAGCUCAGAAACCUACAGUUGGGGGGCAAUGUAAGAGCUUCAUGAAGGAGGAGGAGUCUCGUGCCCCAGGGAAGGAGGAGCCUCGGUACCCAACCCAGGAGGAAACAGAGGAACCUGAGACGGGAAAAGUGCUUCAGAUCCAAGUGCGCAAACGCCAGGGGUCCCCAGAACCUUAUGGAUCCAAGAGCUGGAAGAGUGAUAGACUGUGUCCCCCAAAAGCAACAAGCUGCCCCACACUCGGGCCCUCCCCCUGGACAGCCCAGCACUCGUAUUACAGAGCGUUAGACCUAUCGACUAGGAACGAAGGCCUCCCCUCCUCAUCAUCAUCCUCAUCCUCAGAUUUCUGGCUCCACGUGCGCCUUUAUUAUCAGGACAAACUGGUGACGGAAGUGACCACCAAGACGGCCGAAGGGUGUCGCAUCGUCCCCUGGUCAGCAGCCCCCCAGCAAUGCGGCCCCUGCCCCCCGCUCUCAUUAGAGGUGGUCUCACUCCCCUCCCCCCAGGAGCUGCCCGGGCACCUUACUGCAGAGAUGGGGGGCCUCAUACAGAAGCUGCUCUGGCACCUAGAGCGGGGGGUGCUGCUGUGGGUGGCCCCCGAGGGGGUCUUUAUAAAGCGCCAGUGCAACGCGCGAGUCUAUUGGAGCGGCCAAUUGGCGCCUCACAGCGACCGACCCAACAAGCUGGAAAGGGAGAAGACGUGCAAAGUGCUGGAUACGGAGCAAUUCCUGCAGGAGCUGCAGAUGUAUGUGACACAGGGGACCCCCGAACCCCAAUAUCAAAUCCAGCUUUGCUUUGGAGAGGAAUAUCCAGAUACAUCACGCGUGAACCCCAAGAUUCUGAUGAUGGCUCUUGUGGAGCCGGUGUUUGCCCGAGAGCUUCUGCUCAAUGCACAGAGGAAAGUGAAGAAAGAACCCAGGACUCCGGAUUUGCAGCCUCCCGACGCAAGCCCCACCCCCCCUGUAUAAACCCCUCCCACCCUGUAGGCAGGCCUCGCCUAUUGUGUGAUUGGCCGAAAGGACAAUAUUAAUGAAGAGAAAUAUGGGGCAGAAUAGUGCAGUUUGGGGGUUUGUUCUAGCGUCUGCAUGGGGGUGCUUUCCUUAUUGUAACGUAGCAGCAGUUCUGCCUUGCUUUAUGGCUGGAUCAUCCAGUCUCUGAUCUUCCACUGAUUACAGCACUGCAGCCUGGCGAGGCCUUCAUAGAUGGGGUGCAGCAGAGAGAGCUGCCAUUAGCCCCCAUAAAGGAUAUGCUGACUGCGUGGCUGCUCGGGCAGUUUUGUGAUGGGGAGGGGUAACUGAUCGAGGGGCAGUUACUAAAGCAGGGUUGCCCCCACUGCACCCCAAGGAGCCAAAAACAACAGCCAUUCUCCCCACUGAAUGAUGCCAUUAUGGGGGGUUCACUGUGAAUAAACACGUUUAACAUGGGA